AUGAAGAAGAGGAAGAAGGAUUCAGGACACAGUUUGAGAGAACUGAAGAAGGCCAUUCAUGAGGAUCAAUCAUUGAAAUAUUUACAUACUAAGAAAAAUGUGGCAGUCUAUACAAGUCAUGAUCAACAUCGAUUUGAUGGACUCUACGUCAUUCGAGGAGACAUUCUCGUAGAAUCUUGCACAGCAGAGGAAUAUCGAAAACCUUUUCUUUCAUUGGAUCUCGAGAUCAAACGCGUAAUGGAUCCUCUCACAAAACGAAAUGAAACCAUUGAAUCAUGGACCGAUGAGGAUGGAACUUUUCUCAUUCAAUACUUUUUAAUUGAAACAGGUCCGUUUGUUUCAGAUCGAGAUUUUAUUUAUGUGUUGAAAGUUGUGGAGACUUCUCCGAGUGAGAGUUAUGUGGUCUUGACAAGUAUUGAUAAGAUUUAUACACCUCCUGAACAUUUUGAAAUUGAUAAGUCAGCAGUGAGAGCGAAUAAUAUCUUUGUGUCACAACGAUACGAACAGUUGGAGAAUGGAGAUUUGAAAGUGAGCUACUCGACUCAAAUCCCUGCGGUUGGAUACCCAAUAGUUUGA